UUGCUCCCACCCGGAUCUCCUCUGGGAUCUCCUCCGGCGCCCGGGGCCGGAGCGUGGGGGAGGGAGGAGGUCGGACACGUAGCCUGCCUCGCAGCAGGGCUCGACUCCACGCGGGAGGGCGGGGGAGCCGGGGACCCGCCGCUCCAGCCCGCUGGCCUUCGAAAGAUCCUCCUGGGCCAAUGGCAGGCGGGGCGACGCGACCCGAUUGGUGCAGGCGCUCUGCUGAUCGCUGUGGAAAUCCGGGCGGCGGAGAACGCGGGAGGAUGAGGAAACCGAGGCGGGGGGAGCCGGAGGGGCGGGCAGAGGAGGUGUCGAGGCCCUGAGCUCCCGGGGAGUUUUUACUGGAGGCAAAAGUCCAUAGCGGGCGGGCUGAGGGAGGGGCGGAGGAAGGGGACCGCUUUGGGGCACUGGGAAGCCAGAGAUCCUCCGCCAGGAAGGCAGGGACACUCCCGAGGGCAGAGGAGGAGGCUGGGGGAGGGGGCGCGGUGGGAGGAGUAGGAGAAGACAAAAGCCGAAAGCGAAGAGGGCCCGGGCUGCACACACCGGCUGGGAGGCAGCCGUCUGUGCAGCGAGCAGCCGGCGCGGGGAGGCCUCAGUGCACCGGGCGUCACAAUAGGCAGGCAGCAUGGGGAAGGGGGGUAACCAGGGCGAGGGGGCCGCCGAGCGCGAGGUGCUGAUGCCCACCUUCAGCUGGGAGGAGAUUCAGAAGCAUAACCUGCGCACCGACAGGUGGCUGGUUAUUGACCGCAAGGUUUACAACAUCACCAAAUGGUCCACCCAGCACCCGGGGGGCCAACGGGUCAUCGGGCACUACGCUGGAGAAGAUGCAACGGAUGCCUUCCGUGCCUUCCACCCUGACCUGGAAUUCGUGGGCAAGUUCUUGAAACCCCUGCUGAUUGGUGAGCUGGCCCCAGAAGAGCCCAGCCAGGACCACGGCAAGAACUCGAAGAUCAUUGAGGACUUCCGGGCCCUGAAGAAGACGGCUGAAGACAUGAACCUGUUCAAGACCAACCACGUGUUCUUCCUCCUCCUCCUGGCCCACAUCAUCGCCUUGGAGAGCAUCGCGUGGUUCACCGUCUUUUACUUUGGCAAUGGCUGGAUUCCUACCCUCAUCACGGCCUUUGUCCUUGCUACCUCUCAGGCCCAAGCUGGAUGGCUGCAACACGACUAUGGCCACCUGUCUGUCUACAGGAAACCCAAGUGGAACCACCUUGUCCACAAGUUUGUCAUUGGCCACUUAAAGGGUGCCUCUGCCAACUGGUGGAAUCAUCGCCACUUCCAGCACCACGCCAAGCCUAACAUCUUCCACAAGGAUCCCGAUGUGAACAUGCUGCACGUGUUUGUCCUGGGCGAAUGGCAGCCCAUUGAGUAUGGCAAGAAGAAGCUGAAAUACCUACCCUACAAUCACCAGCACGAAUACUUCUUCCUGAUUGGGCCGCCGCUGCUCAUCCCCAUGUAUUUCCAGUACCAGAACAUGAUGACCAUGAUCGUGCACAAGAACUGGGUGGACCUGGCCUGGGCCAUCAGCUACUACAUCCGGUUCUUCGUCACCUACGUCCCUUUCUACGGCAUCCUGGGAACCCUCCUUUUCCUCAACUUCAUCAGGUUCCUGGAGAGCCACUGGUUCGUGUGGGUCACACAGAUGAAUCACAUCGUCAUGGAGAUUGACCAGGAGGCCUACCGCGACUGGUUCAGUAGCCAGCUGACAGCCACCUGCAACGUGGAGCAGUCCUUCUUCAACGACUGGUUCAGUGGACACCUUAACUUCCAGAUUGAGCACCACCUCUUCCCUACCAUGCCCCGGCACAACUUACACAAGAUCGCCCCGCUGGUGAAGUCUCUAUGUGCCAAGCAUGGCAUUGAAUACCAGGAGAAGCCGCUACUGAGGGCCCUGCUGGACAUCAUCAGGUCCCUGAAGAAGUCUGGGAAGCUGUGGCUGGACGCCUACCUUCACAAAUGAAACCACAGCCCCCAGGUCACCGUGGGGAAGGGGCGCAGGUGGGGUGAUGGCCAGAGGAAUGGUGGGCUUUUGUUCUGAGGGGUGUCUGAGAGGCUGGUGUAUGCACCACUCACGUACUCCACGUUGGCUCUUUCUCCCUUUCUCCUCUCCUUUUUCCCUUCACGUCUCCCGCAUAGCACCCUGCCUUCAUGGGGCCUGCCCUCCUUCAGCUGUCAGCCGUCAGCCGUCAGCCAUGACCCUCCCAGGGCCUCCCAGCCCCUUCUUCCAAGGAACAGAGAUUGGUGGCCACAGCGGGUGGCUCUGUCUUACCUCCACUCUCUGCCCCUAAAGGUGGGAGGAGACCAGCGGUCCCUGGGUCUGGCCUGUGAGUCUCCCCUUGCAGCCUGGUCACUAGGCCUCACCCCCGCUUCGGUUCUUCAGAUGCUCUUGGGGUUUCUGGGGGCAGGUCCUAGUCAGGCAGGGCCCAUGACCCUCCGGGCCUGGCUCCACUCUCCCUGACGGCCGCCAUUGGUCCACCCUUCCUAGAGAGGCCUGCUUUGUUCCAAAGCUCGGGUCUCCCUCCCGCAGCCAGGAUCAGUACCCAGGGCCUCUCUUAAGAUGACCAGGGCCCCGGGCCUGCGGGCACAGCCAGCCCAAACCUCAGGCCCUGGAAGAGUCCUCCACCCCAUCACUAGAGUGCUCUGACCCUGGGCUUUCAUGGGCCCCAUUCCACCACCUCCCCAACUUGAGCCUGUGACCUUGGGACCAAAGGGGGGGUCUCUUGUCUCUUGUGGCUCAGCAGAGGCAGUGGCCAGGUUCAGGGAGGCGCCAGCUGGCCUGGAGGCUCAGCCCCACCCCCCAGCUUGUCCUCAGGGUGUCCUGAGGUCCAAGAUUCUGGAGCAAUCCGACCCUUCUCCAAAUGCUCCAUUACCAGCUGGGCAGUGGCAGCCAAUCCCUGGCCAUUUGGCCCCAGGGGAUGUGGGCCCUGCAGGCUGCAGGAGGGCACUGGAGCUGGGAGGUCUCGUUGCAGCCCUCCCCAUCUUGGGGCUGCUGUGUGGACGGUGCUGCCUCAGGCACUCUCCUGUCUGUACCUGCCCUUACUGUGUUUAACCUUUUGCUCCAGGAUACAUUCUGAUAGGAGUGGGCAGCAGGGCUGGGCCUUGUGACAAUCUGCCUUUCACCACAUGGCCUUGCCUCUGUGGCCCUGUCAGGGAGGGCCAGGGAGGCAGAGCGGGAGGGAGUCUCAGGAGGAGGCUGCCCUGAGGGGCUGGGGAGGGGGUUACCUCAUGAGGACCAGGGUGGAGCUGAGAAGAGGAGGAGGUGGGGGCUGCAAGUGUUUGUAGCUGAGCUGACGGGCAAGUGACAGGGGAGGGAGGGAAGUCCUGGGGGGAUCCUGAGCUGCUGUUGCAGAGUCUAACCCACUAAUCAGUUCUUAGAUUCAGGGGAGGGGCGGGCACCAACAACUCAGAAUGGGGGCCUUUGGGGAGGGCGCCUAGUUCUCCCAGCUCUAACCAGCCAGGAGGGACCUGCAGCUAAGCGUCUGGGUUGCCAUGGUAAUGGCAUGCCCCCAGCUACUGUAUGCCCCCGACCCCCGCAGAGGCAGAGUGAACCCAUAGGGAGCUGAUUGUAAUGUUUAUCAUGUUGCUUCCCCACCCCUAAAUUUUCUGAAAUAAAAUAAGUAAUUUUAUUCUCA